AUGAAUACAUUGCUUUGUGCCCCAAUUCAGAGUCAGAUUCAGAUGCAACAGAGCGAGUUUUCAAGUACAGAACCCAGCCAUGAAAGGGAACACCAAAACGACCAGACAGUCAUCUAUUCAGAUGAAAAUCAGAUGGACCUGACAGCUAGUCACACCUUAAUAAUUGAAAAUGACCUUUUAGAUUGUGCCAAAAAGGAAAAAUCCACCAAGAUAGAUACCACAUCAUUUCUGGCUAGUUUAAAGCUCCACACUGAAGAUGCAAGAAUGAAGAAAGAAUCAAAUGUUUCCAUGGAUCAAAAUAAUUCUUCAGAAAAGAAAGUAGAUUUCAAUGACUUCAUAAAAAGAUUGAAAAUGGGCAAGUCUUAUACUUCUCCUUUCGAAGAGUCUAAUAAAGAAAAUUAUGAACCACCUAUUUGUACCAAAGAAUCUACUAAUGCCUCUUCUGUACAUGUAUCACUUAAUGAAGAGGAGAAUGGCAGUGAUCGGACAAGAAUCUUUAGAGAACAAGAUGAUGGGAUGAAUUUUACUCAGUGUCAUACAGCCAAUAUUCAGAAUUUCGUUCCUGUAUCCAGUGAUGCUACCAUAAAUGAAGCUACAGGUGAUGGUAUUACUAUUUGUGACAAUGAUUGCAUGGACUUAACUCUUAACCACACCAUACAGAUUUUACCUUCAGCAGAAGAUAAUUUAUCUAAGAUCGAAAAUCAAAACCAGAAUGUCAGUAUGGAUGCUACAACACUUGACGGAACUAAUGCUCUAGGAAAGAAGAAAGUCCUUAGGAGUAGAAUGAAUGCUGCAUUUAAAGACUCUACCUUAAGCACUGAAGAUAAAAUUAUCAAAAGUCAGAUGGGAGCAGAAACUCACAUAGUCACACAGACCUGUGACCAAAAUGUCAAAAAUUUGGCUAUGAUCUCAGAAUCGACAUCUUCCACUUGGACUAUUGAUGAUCACAAGACAGUUUUUUAUUCUACUUGCAGUGAUGCCAUGGAACUGACCAGAUGUGUUUCUAGUAUGUUAGAGGGGAAAAGUUUACCAAAGCAUGAUGAUAAUAAUUCUAAAAUGUGUCCCAGUUCAAAUGCCAUCUCUCUUCUCACAGAAAAAACAUUUUAUUCAGGAAAUGAUGGUAUGGAUAUUACCAGAAGUCACACAGUUGCUAUAGAUAAUAACAUUUUUACACAUGAUCAGAUAAAUGUACAGAUAGAGGCUGCACCAAUGUCUGAAAAAGAAAUGAUGCUUCAAAAUCACACAGGGGACGGAAAUAUUAAUGUAAAUUAUGGCUCCAUUCCUGACGUAGCUAAGGAAUGUUUACAACAUAGCCUAGGAAAUUUUUUUUCUAUUUCAUUGACUGACAGAAAGACAGAUGAAGAUAUGGAUUUGACUAAAUGUCACACAGUUAACUUAGGCUGUCAAGUGCCCCUUGCAGCUAAUAAUUUAGCACCCAAGGAUGCUAGUAGAUUUAACUCAGAUGAAAGUGACAGAAUGAAUAAAAACCACAUUGAACCUUCAUCACAACUAAAUGUGGUAUCUGAAAAUAUCUUAACGACCACCUGGGGCAAAGAAAAAGAUAAAGUUUCAAAUAUUUCAUGCUAUCUUGAGAAAGAUUUUCCUCUCUUGGUUGACUGUAAUCAGAACAUAGAAAAAACCUAUAAAAUAACCUCUAAUAGAGAUCUUGAUAAAAAAGUAGAAUUGGAAAUGAAUAGAAAUAUGGUUUCAGGUGAACAACCUUUUUCUGCCACAAAGCCUUCAUUUUCAUCAGAGAGACAAGUAUUUCUUAAUACUGUUGUUAAUAGCCAUAUUGUAGUACCAGGUGAGAAUGCUAACCUAUCUGAACCACUGAGAAAAAGUUUAGACAGCUCUACGCUUAACUGUUCUCAUGACAAGAUGGCUGUUUGUGGAGUGGAGGAAGAAAAUAUGGAUUUAACAAAAAAUGAUACUGUCACUGGAUUUGAUCCUUCUGAAGUUCAAGGACUUAAUAAAAUUAAGUUAGAACACACUAAUGGUCAGCUAAUAACAGUAAGCAAACAGAUAUCUGUAGAAGUUGAAAAAUGUAAGAAAAAGCCUGUAGAAAAAACUGGACUCUUUACAUCUAGUAAUAUGGAAGGAGAGGACAAAAUUGUACAGCAACCUGGAUAUCUGAAUGAAGUACAAAAUGUCAAAACUUUCGGAAGGAAAAGUGUUGGUGGACAAAAAAAUGAUAAGACUAUUGUUUUUUCAGACGGUGAUGAGAAUGAUAUGGAUAUCACCAAAAGUUAUACCUUAGAGAUAAAGCAUAAACCUUCAUUAGGUGAAGAUGAUUCUCAUUCGAUGUUUAUUUCAGGAACCUCUAAAACUGUUCUGUAUACAUGUGGGCAGGAUGACAUGGAAAUCACUAGAAGUCACACAAAUCCCUUAGAUUGUAAAACUGCUUCACCAGCUAAAAUAAGUCCUAGGCCCUUGGACAAGACUGUAAUGUUUGUAGAUGAUGUCAGUGAUCUAGAUAUGACAAAGGCCCACACCAUCUUCACUGAUUACCAAGCAAAUGAGGGAACUGUGCUGCCAGUCAAACCUGACUUUGAGCUACCCAAAGUGAACAGCCUACAGAUACCAAAAGUGACGUCUAUUUCUGAUGAGAAAAAUAUUUUCUUGCCAGAGGAUGAUGAAAAUGGUCAUCCAGCAACAAAAUUCAGCCCCCUAACUAUAAAGGUGGAAGGAUCUAAUAAUGAUCCUGUAGAAAGAGCUGAAGCAUUUAUAGGCCAUGAAAAUAUGGAGAUGUCUAAGCUUAUGACUUGGAAGGAUGACAAAGAUAAACAGAAACCUGGAUUUCUAAAUGAAACUCAAUCAGGUCACAGUCAGAGAAAGAAAAAUCUUAGUCUCAAGAAUGAUAAGACUAUUCUAACUUUAGAGGGUGAUGAAAAUGAUAUGGAUAUCACUGAGGGUUGUAUGGUGGAAAUAAAUAAUAAAAAUGUCCCAGAAGAUCAAAAGGACUCCCACUUGAUGCCAGAGGCAGAGUCUUCUAAAACUGUUCUGUAUACAUGUGGGCAGGAUGACAUGGAAAUCACUAGAAGUCACACAAGUCCCUUGGAAUAUAAAAUUGUGUCGACAGAUGAAAUGCCUCCUAGGCCCGUGGACAAAACUGUAAUGUUUGUAGAUGAUCAUAAUGAUCUAGAAGUCACCAGGUGUCACACUGUUUUUACUGAUUGUCAAACUGUGGAGCAAUCACUACCAAAAUACCCUCAAUUUGAAAGAACAAAAGAAAGAAACUUGGGUGUUUCUUUUCCUAAAGAUAAUAGUUCUGUUCAAGAAGUCACUAAAAAACAAGCACUAGACAUAGACAAAACUAUUCCUCUCACUGAAAAACAGUGUCAUGUGAUACCCUUUGUACCUAAUGUAUUACCUGGGGGUCAAAGUGAGGUGAAAAUCACCAAAUUCCAAAGUACUGCUGUGAAUGAAGAGGCCCUGAAGAAGGUUAUAGAUUUGGACUGUACAUUGAGAAAAGACCAAACUGAAAACUGUCACUUAAAUAGAAGAAAUGUGGACUUUACACGUAGUCAUGGAAUGGUUACUUCUGGAUCCAGUGAUUCCUGUUUACCAAAUGUAAUUUGUGUUGUUAAUAUGGAGGAGAAUAUCAUGACCUUGUGUGAUAAAGAGGAGGAGAAAGCUAGUAAUUGCACUAGGCAAAGUGAUUUGACAAGUGAAUAUUAUGUGAAAUGUGAGGAAUUGCCUAUCUCUACUUCAAGUCCUUUGUUAGAGAAGGGAAAAAUUACUCAAGUCAGUAACAAAGAACAAUUAGACUAUGUCCUAACACAGCCCCAAAAUCAAGAGAACUUAGUUAAGGAACCCCACAAUCUCUUAGCUAAUCAAGAUCUAAGGGAGAUGAAUAAAUUUAAUUUUAAGCUUUCAAAUGAUCAAAUGGAAGACUUUAUUGAUAAUGCAGAACAAAAUAACUUAAAAAUGACCUUUGUUGAGGUUUGUGUUGCUUCUCAGCCUCAUUUUUCAACUGUAUCUUCAUUACCUCGAGAAGGAGAAAAUAUUGUCAAUAAAGAGCAGAUAAUGUUUUCUAAAACUGGACAUGAGAAUUUAAAUAGUGUUCCAGGAAUCACCUCUCUUCCCGCAUGUGAAAAUGUGAAGAAUGAGAGAGAGUUUACCAUAGCCUAUAAAAAGGAAUUGAAGAAAAAUAUACCAACAGCUAAAUGUGGUGAAGAUACAGAUUUCUGCAGCAGCUUACACUUGACUCAUAUUCAUGCUAGAGAGCCAUCAGAUGGUAGGAUUGCAUCUGAUGCUCCAAGUUAUAGUAAUGUCAAACCAAAUCUGAAUCAUUUGGAAGAGAAAACUGAAGAUAUUUUAGAUUUUCCAAGUCAUGUACAACCACCUCCAGAACAGUUACCUGUUUUAGCAAAUAAAGUACCCAAUAUAAGUAUAGUGCAUGCCACAGGCAAAUGUAAUACUGACAUAGUAUCCAGCAAUGCUUCUGCUGAUAGAAAUGAAGAAAAUAAGAAUUCUCAUAGUGGAGCUGAAGUCAACUCUGAAUCAUCAAUGAAAGUUGUAAAAGAUAAAAAUAAAGUGAGAAAAUGUUCUUUGGGAAUCUUUUUGCCCAGAUUGCCAAACAAGAGACAUUAUAGUGUCAGUGGUAUGGAUGACCUGGAGCAGAUUUCUGCCAACAUCACUGAUUUAAAUCACUUAGAAACUCGUCCUAUCUGUAACAAAGAUUCAGGCAUUGAGUUUGUUUCCACUAAGCUAAAUCUAAGUCCAUCUCAGUAUAUAAAUGAAGAAAAUCUUCCUGUGUGUCCUGAGAUUAAUUCUUCUGACUCAAUUAGCAUAGAAACUGAAGCAAAGACUUUAAUUGAGACAUACCAAAAAGAGAUUUUACCAUCUGAAAAUCAAGCAGAAGAACCCUGUACUAGUCAAAAAAGAACUUGGGUACAAGAUGAUGAUGAGGAUGAUACUCAAAAUGAGAAAAAAGUCAGAAAAAAUGAGAUUGGGCCUUGUGAUCACAAAGAUCAGGAUCAGCAGAUAAGUGAUUGCCAUCCUGAAGGGGAUAUUGAUAAAAAUGUCAGCAGUAUGUUGAUGAAAAGCCUGAGCAGGACCCCGUCUAGUUGCAGCAGCUCUUUGGAUUCAAUCAAGGCUGAUGGGACUUCUCUCGACUUCAGCAGUAAGAUGUCAAUAAAAGCUUAA